AUGGCUCCUAGGAAAAAGAACGAAUAUACAAACGACUUACGCAAACUUGUCGUAAACCACUUUUUGAAUGGUGAUUCUGAGCGUGAUAUUGUUCAAAAAACUUUCAUUCCACGUACAUCUAUUCAUUACAUAAUUGCCAAGUACAAAUCAACGAAAUGUAUUGGAAAUAUAAUUGGCAAAGGUCGAAAAAGAAAAACAACAGCUCAUGUUGAUCGUUGUAUACGACGAAAAAUCAAAACAAAUCGCCGCAUUUCAUCAUCAACUGUCAAAGCUGAACUUCAAUCUGAACUUAACAUUACUAUAUCUGAAUCAACAAUCAAAAGAAGAGCUCAUGAAGCUGGUUUUUAUGGUCGGGUAGCAAGGAAGAAGCCGUAUAUCAACAGACUCAAUCGUACCAAACGACUUGAAUAUGCUCGAACAUAUCGAGAAAAGCCUCUUGGCUUCUGGAAUGAUGUUAUUUGGUCAGAUGAAAGUAAAUUCAACUUAUUUGGAUCAGACGGAAAGGUAAUGGUUUGGCGAACACCUAAAGAAGAAUUCAAUAUUCAAUGUACAGUUCCAACUGUCAAGCAUGGUGGAGGAAGUGUGAUGUGUUGGGGAUGUUUUUCAUCAUCAGGGGUUGGCAACUUGGUUUUUAUUGAUGAAAAUAUGACGGGAGAAGUGUAUCGAGAUAUUCUAGACAACAAUCUAUUACAAUCAGUAAAGAAUUUGAAGCUAAACAAGGACUGGGUCUUCCAACAUGAUAAUGACCCGAAACAUAGGGCAGCUAUUGUAACGAAUUGGUUGAAUCGGAAACAGGUUGAACGACUCAAAUGGCCUUCCUGUUCACCCGACAUGAAUCCCAUAGAGCAUCUAUGGGAUGAAGUUGAAAGAAGAAUGAAAAAAGAGCAACCAAAAAGUAAAAAAGAGCUAAAAGAAGCUCUACUUCGAGUUUGGAAUGGUAUUGAGCAACCAGUAUUAAAAAAGUUGGUUGACUCAAUUCCAAAUCGGUUACAUGAGGCUAUAAAGAUGAAAGGUAUCAGUUUUUGUGGUAUUGCUCUUUCUCAUUUAAAUGAAGAAUUACAAUUACAUGUUUUUGUUCUUGGUUGUUUUCCAUAUGAUCACGAUAAUCAAACUGCAAAUCAAAUUCGACAAUUUGUUGAUUGUAAAUUAAUGGAAUUCAAUUUGUCCUUAGAUAAUAAUAAAUUUGUAGUAUCUGAUGAUGCGAACAAGAUGAAAUCAGCUUUCAAAGACUCGUGUAUUCGGAUUGGAUGUUCAAUUCAUUAUGUUAAUAAGCAACUUGAAUACUGUUUCACCAUAGAUAUUGUUGAUAAAGCUCCAGUUAAAUGCGACAUCGUUCAGCAAAUGUUCUUUCAUGUACGAAAAAUUGUAUCUCAUAUCAGACGAACACAUAAACAAACAGAAUUAUCUCGUAAACUUCAAUCAUAUUCUGAUACCUGA